UGGGCUAGUUAAGCACGAAUCUCUCUCCCAUUCCAUAGGGAAUGAGCUGGGCAGUCCCUGCUCCCCACGUCCACCUGCACUUCGUUAGAGAGCGGAAUGCUCACAUGCCACCACCCCACAAGAUCCCCACAAUGACAUAACUCCAUGCAGAGACUGGCGUGACUGGGCUGGGUUUCCCCCCCUUCAGCUCUUGUAUCACUAAGAAUCUGGCAGCCAGUUCCGUCCUGACAGAGUUCACAGCAUAUAUUGGUGGAUUCUUGUCCAUAGUGCAUCUGCUUUAAGAAUUAACGAAAGCAGUAUCAAGACAGUAAGGAUGUUCUGAAGCAGUGUACUAACAUGGUGGCUAGUGGGCACCACCCAGAAACCUAUUGCAGGAAGGCAUUUAAUUAAGGAAGGACCUAGAGAGAUUGACUGUUGGGCCUGGCUCGUCCAGAAGGGGGCGCAUGUGUAUGCAAUCUGACCUGAAACCUGUUCACCACCCCAGAAGUUGCACAAGUACAUCCUUUUCCUGACGCUUAAAUACAGAUUAAAAAGACAUCAUUAGAUGCUCUAAAAAAAAAAAAACAAAAAACAAACUAUAAAAUAAUAAAAUACACAUUUGCUAAUGCAUUUAACAUUGCAAAUCCAAUAUCCUUUUCCUGAAAGUGUACUAUUUUAUAAUAAUAUGUUUUCACUUUAUUUAGGAGUCAAAGCAUUUGCCAAACAUGAAUCUAGGUGUGUUUAUUCUCCUCUUGGCAUUAACUGGUGGUGCCAGCGGUUAUUACUAUGACGAUUAUGAUUUCCCUCUAUCGAUUUAUGGGCGAUCAUCACCAAACUGUGCACCAGAAUGUAACUGCCCUGAAAGCUAUCCAACAGCCAUGUACUGCGAUGAGCUGAAAUUGAAAAGUGUGCCGAUGGUGCCUCCUGGAAUCAAGUAUCUCUACCUUAGGAAUAACCAGAUCGACCAUAUUGAUGAAAAGGCCUUUGAAAACGUCACUGAUCUGCAGUGGCUCAUUCUAGAUCAUAACCUUCUAGAAAAUUCCAAGAUAAAAGGAAAAAUUUUCUCUAAACUGAAACAACUUAAGAAGCUGCAUAUAAAUUACAACAACCUUACGGAGUCUGUGGGCCCACUCCCCAAGUCCCUGGUGGAUCUCCAGCUUACGCACAACAAGAUAACGAAGCUUGGCUCCUUCGAUGGACUGGUAAACCUGACCUUCGUCCACCUCCAACACAAUCAACUGAAAGAGGAUGCUGUUUCAGCUGCUUUUAAAGGUCUUAAGUCCCUCGAGUACCUUGACUUGAGCUUCAACCAGAUGGCCAAACUGCCUUCUGGUCUCCCAGCAUCUCUUCUAACUCUCUACUUGGACAACAAUAAGAUCAGCAACAUCCCUGAUGAGUAUUUCAAGCGUUUUAGUGGGCUGCAGUAUCUACGUUUAUCUCACAAUGAACUGGCUGAUAGUGGAGUACCUGGAAAUUCUUUUAAUGUAUCAUCCCUGCUUGAGCUGGAUCUCUCCUAUAAUAAGCUUAAAAACAUACCGACUGUCAAUGAGAACCUUGAAAACUAUUACCUGGAGGUCAAUGAACUCGAAAAGUUCGAAGUAAAGAGCUUCUGUAAGAUCCUGGGACCAUUAUCCUACUCCAAGAUCAAGCAUUUGCGUUUGGAUGGCAACCGUCUCACGCACACCAGUCUGCCCCCCGAUAUGUAUGAAUGUCUACGUGUAGCAAAUGAAAUCACCGUUAAUUAAUAUCUACGAAUUCCAAUUCUAUUGAGGUGGAUCCCGGAGCAACAUUUUAUGGUUACGUUUGUGUGUGUCAGUUUUGAUAGUAUUCAUUUUUGUCGCUGUUUUUACUUCCAUGAAUUUUAAAUUCUGAAGGAAAUGUUUUGUAAACAUUUUACUCCUUUUUUUUUUUUUUUUACAAGAAAAGAUGAAAGGCAGGCCUAUUUCAUCACGAGCACAGACACAGACACACACAUAGACAACAAACUUAUGCUUUAUUUGUAAAUUUAGUAUUUUCUACAUCUCUACUGUCAAAUGAUGUGCAGAAUCUUCUACUGGUUACGUGGAAGUCAGCCCAGCAUUCUAAUUCCUAAAUCAACUCAAUGUGCCAAAAAGCAUGGGCUACCCACAUAUGGAUGUUUGGUGCCUUGAACCAAAUUUCAAUGUUCAGAUUUGUUUAGCUGAAAAAUAGGUGGUAAAUUUUGAGGCCGAUGAUUUUGCAAAAUACUAGACCCAAUCCUUGAAGCCCCAUACACAUAAAGUGCUAUUUUUGGUAUUAAGGAUUUAUAUGGUUACCUAAUGAAACUUUUCUUUUCUAGAAUUAUUUUUUACUCUAAGUCAUGUGUAUGUUUCUUUUUAAUCAUUUGCAUGUUAUGUUUAACAAGCUAAUAGCAAAAUAAAACACGGCAAAUGGCA